UUUGUUAACAUUUUUGCGAGCCCCCACGGUCGAUUUUUCCCCACGCACGCUCUCGGACGAGACCACAAGGUUCCAGAGUUCGCUCGCUGGCUGAAGGAUUUACUGGCUAGUUGCAGAGAAGAGAGUUGCACACGAGAAACACUCUACGAGAAAUAGACAGGAGGAGCACAAUUUCGCAGCUGAUUCAUUCUCCGAGAAAAGAAGUUGCGUGUAGGAAGUCGCAUAGCUUGCUGAACUGAGCUAUAUCGCCGCAGCUAGCAUGGCGGACGAAGGACUGAAGUACCUGGUGGUGGACAGGCGCCAGAUCAGCGAUGUGGUGGCGCAUAGCGAUUGGGCCAAGAAGAAGUUGGUGUGGAUCCCACACCCCGACCUGGGCUUCGUCCAGGGCAGCAUCACGAGCGAGAAGCAGGAUCAGAUAACGGUGGUGCUGGACGACGGGUCGCGGAAGACGCUGAGCAAGGACGACGUCCAGAAGAUGAACCCGCCCAAGUUCGACAAGGUGGAGGACAUGGCGGAGCUGUCCUUCCUGAAUGAGGCCAGCGUCCUGCACAACCUCACCAGCCGCUACUACUCCGGACUCAUCUACACGUACUCGGGGCUGUUCUGCGUGGUGGUCAACCCGUACAAAUGGCUCCCGAUCUACACAGAGAAGGUCAUCGACAUGUACAAGGGGAAAAAGCGUCACGAGAUGCCGCCUCACGUCUACGCCACUGCCGACCAGGCUUACAGGAACAUGCUGCUUGAUCGUGAAAACCAGUCUAUCCUUUGCACUGGAGAAUCCGGUGCAGGAAAGACUGAGAACACCAAGAAAGUCAUCCAGUACCUGGCCGUGAUUGCAGGGGCGUCCCAUCACGGCAAAGACAAGCAGCUGGUCCGCAAGGCCAGCCAGCAUCUGAUGAGCAAGACGGGAUUCACCGGUCGCCAGGGAGAGCUGGAGGCACAGCUCCUGCAGGCCAACCCCAUCCUGGAGGCUUUCGGCAACGCUAAGACAGUCAAGAACGACAACUCAUCUCGUUUUGGCAAGUUCAUCAGGAUCAACUUUGAUCAGAGUGGGUUCAUCGCUGGGGCCAACAUCGAGACUUACCUCCUGGAGAAGAGCCGGACGAUCCGCCAGGCUCCCGAGGAGAGGGCCUUCCACAUCUUCUACCAGGUCCAAAAGGGAAUGGAUGAGGCACGCAAAGCCGAGUAUCUCUUUGGUGAGGCCAGCACCUACAACUUCAUGAGCAAUGGCUACGUCUCUGUUGCGGGAAUCAACGAUUCCGCAGAGUUCGACGACACCGUGGAGGCCAUGAACAUCAUGGGUCUCUCCGAGGAAGAGCAGGGCGCCGUUUUCCGAGUGGUAUCGGCCGUCCUCCAUUUCGGUAAUCUCCAGUUCAAGCAGGAGAGGAACUCCGAUCAGGCCCUUCUUCCAGACAACACUGUGGCCCAGAAGAUCUGCAAGCUGACUGGCAUGAACGUCUCCGAUUUCACCAAGGCCCUCCUCAAACCCAAAAUCAAGACCGGCCGAGAGUUCACCGUCCGGUCACAGAACAAGUCCCAGGCUGAGUUCUCCAGUCAGGCCCUGGCCAAGGCGUUCUACGAGCGACUGUUCAAGUGGAUCGUUCUCAGAAUCAACAAAUCUCUGGACCGAACGCUCCGCUCCGAGGCCUCCUUCAUCGGAAUCCUCGACAUCGCUGGCUUCGAGAUCUUCAAGCUCAACUCGUUCGAGCAGCUGUGUAUCAACUACACCAAUGAGAAACUGCAGCAGCUCUUCAACCACACUAUGUUCAUUCUGGAGCAGGAGGAGUACAAGGUCGAGGGGAUCGAGUGGACUUUCAUCGACUUUGGUCUUGAUCUCCAGCCCACCAUUGACCUCAUUGAGAAGCCAAUGGGCAUCCUCUCCCUCCUGGACGAGGAGUGCUGGUUCCCCAAAGCCACAGACAAGUCGUACGUCGAGAAACUGACGCGAGAGCACGGCACCAACGACAAGUUCCAGAAAUCUGACUUCAGAGCCAAAGCCGAUUUCAUUCUCGUCCACUAUGCCGGCACCGUGGACUACAGUUGUGAACAGUGGCUGGUGAAAAACAUGGACCCCCUCAACGACAACAUUGUCCAGCUCCUGGCCAACUCGAACGACUGGUUCGUGGCCCAGCUCUGGAGGGACACGGCCAACAUCGUCGGGAUGCAGACCAGCGACGCAGCCGCCGCUGCCGGCAAGUUCGGAGUCCAGAAGACUCGCAAGGGAAUGUUCCGGACCGUAGGCCAACUGUACAAGGAGCAACUCAACAAGCUGAUGGACACGCUGCGCUCCACUCAGCCCCACUUCGUCCGUUGCAUCAUCCCGAACCACGAGAAGAAGGCCGGGAAGAUCGCCGCUCAGCUGGUCCUCGAUCAGCUCCGUUGCAACGGAGUCCUGGAGGGAAUCAGGAUCUGCCGACUGGGGUUCCCCAACCGGGUCCUCUUCCAGGAGUUCAGACAGCGCUACGAGAUCCUCACCCCUGGCGUCAUCCCCAAGGGGUUCAUGGACGGGAAGAAAUCUGCCGAGAAGAUGCUCACGGCUCUAGACCUGGACCCAGCGUCCUACCGCAUCGGUCACUCCAAGGUGUUCUUCAGGGCCGGUGUCCUGGCCCAACUGGAGGAGGAGAGAGACGUGAAACUGACCGAGGUCAUCGUCCAGUUCCAGGCGCGCUCCCGAGGCUACCUGGGCAGGAAGGCCUACCAGAAGCGUGUGGAGCAGUUCAGAGCCAUCCGCAUCAUCCAGCGCAACGUCCAGAGCUACCUGAAGCUGCGCAACUGGCAGUGGUGGCGACUGUUCACCAAGGUGAAGCCCCUCCUCCAGGUGACCAACGCGGAGGACCAGAAGAGGGAGAUGGAGGAGGAGAUCAAGAGACUCAACGACCGUCACGAGAAACUCAAGUUCGAAAUGGAGGCCAUCGCCAAGAAGAACGGACAGGCGCUGUCAGAGAACCAGCGGCUGGAGGAGCAGCUGCGGGAGGAGAAGUACCUCACCCAGGAGGCCGAGGAGAUGAAGAACAUGCUCACUCAGAAGAAGCUGGAGGUUGAGUCCCUGCUGGUUGACUCGGAGUCCAGAACCGAGGAGCUGGAUGAGCUGAACCAUGCUCUGCAGGCAGAGAAGGCCAAACUCCAGGCUGCCAUACAGCAGCUUGAUGAACAAGUUGAGGAGGAGAAUGCCAGCAACCAAAAGUUGGCAAACGAGAGGGCAAAUGCAGAGAACAAGAUAAAGGCUCUUGAGGAGCAAGUCACACUCAAUGACGACAACAUUGGCAAGCUGUCUCGGGACAAGAAAUCUCUGGAGGAGAAGCUGCAGGAGAUGCAGACGGCCCUCGAGGGAGAGGAGAACAAGAGCAAGACGGAGCACCGCUCCCGGCUCAAACUGGAAUCAGGUCUCCAGGACUCCGAGGAGAAACUGGAUCGAGAGGCAAAGCGUCGCCAAGAACUGGAGAAGGAAAAGAGGAAGCUUCAGCAGGAGAUCGCCGAGCUCCAGGAGCAGCUGGCUCAGGCCAGGCAGAAGAUCGACGAACUCGAGACUUUCAUCGUCAGACUCCAGAAGGAACUGGCCGUCAUGACGCACAAAGCUGAGGAGGAGGCGGCAGGGCGAGCCAAAGCCGAGAAGGAAAAGAGAGACCUACAGACCCAACUGCAGGAGACCCAGGACGACCUGGAGAGCGAGAAGGAGGCCAGAGCCAAGGCCGAGAAACAGAAGAGACAAGUCAACGAUGAGCUGGAUCGUCUGCGCGAGUCGCUGGAGGAAGUCGAGAGUUCGACGGUGGCUCAGCAGGAGAUCCGCACGCAGCGAGAGAAUGAACUGGCAGUCCUCAAGAAGACGCUCGAGGACGAGAUGGCCGCUCACGAGGAUGCCAUUGCCGCCAUGAGAUCCAAACACUCCAAGGCAGUGGACGAACUCAAUGAACAACUGGAGUCUGCCAAGAAGUCCAAGCAAAACAUGGAGAAAGGGAAGGGCAAACUGGAGGGAGAGAACGAGUCAUUGCAGCUGGACCUGCGAGAUCUGCGGGCAGCCUUUGCCGAGGGAGACAAGAGGAGAAAGACGGCCGAGGCUCAGCUCUCUGAGUCUCAGGCAAAGAACACCGAUGACGCGGCCAAGAUCCAGGACAUCACCUCCCAGAAUGACAAACUGAAGGCUGAGCUGGCGUCAGUGACAACUCAGCUGGAGGAACUGGACCGCAAGAGUUCUGGAAGUGAGAGGACUGUGAAGGACCUCAAGGAGCAACUGGAAGAGGCUCAGGAGCGCCUGACAGAGGAGAACAGGGCCAAGAUCAAUUCCAACAACAAGCAGAAGCAGCUGGCAGACGAGGCGGAGAGACUCAACCAACAGCUGGAGGACGAAGAGGAGGCCAAGGGUGCCCUCCAGGUCAAACUUACCCAGCUCACUCAGCAGCUGAACGAGGCCAAGAAGAAGGUGGACGAUGACCAGUUGGAACUGGAGGAGGUACAGAACGGGAAGAGGAAGCUGGACCAGGAGGCCAAGGCUCUGCAGGAGAGGCUCGAGGAACUCAAGGCAGAGAACGCCAAACUCGCUCGUGGCAAGAAGAAAGUCCAGGGAGAGCUUGAUGACGUGACGGUCAACCAGGAGAGCCUCCACUCCCAAGUCGCCACUCUGGAGAAGAAACAGAAGAAAUUUGACAGCCAGUUGUCUGAGCAGCUGGCCCUGGCCGAGAAGAACGCCCAGGAGAGGGACCAGGCUGAGGCGAGGGCCCGGCAGGCAGAAACCAAGGCCCUCUCUCUCACCAGGGAGCUGGAGGGCUACCAGGACAAGCUGGACGAGGUGGAGCGUCUCCGCAAACAACUGACGAUGGAGAGAGAUUCGCUGGUGGAGAGCAAGGAUGAUGCGGGGAAGAACGUGCACUCCCUGGCCAAGGCCAAGCAGAGUCUGGAGGCCCAGCUGGAGGAACAGAAACAGCUGCUGGAGGAGGUUGAGGACGAGCUGCAAGUCUGCGAGGACGCCAGGCUUCGACUUGAGAUCAACCUGCAAGCUUCCAAGACCAACUACGAGCGGGAGCUUGCGGCCAAGGAAGAGGCUGCCGAAGAACUGCGUCGUAACCUCACCAAGCAGGUGAGGGAACUGGAGGCCCAUCUGGAGGAAGAGAGGAAGCAGCGCCAGGUGGCCCAGAGCGCCCAGAAGAAGCUGGAGACUGAGCUGCAGGACAUGGAGAACCAGUUGGAGGCCGAGGCCAAGGGCAAGGAAGACGCUCAGCGUCACUACAAGAAGUUGCACGGCCAGCUGAAGGAGUCCAACAUGGGUGCCGACGAGGCAGUGAGGGCCAAGCUGGAGACAGCCGCCAAACUGAAGGACUUGGAGAAGAAGGUUCGCACUCUGGAACAGGACCUCAACCAGGCUCAAGAGGAGGUGCAGAAUGCAGAGCGUGCCCGUCGCCUGGCUGAGUCCGAGAGAGAAGAGCUGCAGGACGAAGUGCAGAGCUCCACAUCCAAGGCCAACUCUCUGGCGGAGGAGAAGCGUAGGAUUGAGAACAGGAUGAGCACUCUCGAGGAAGACCUGGAGGAAGAGCAGAUGAACAGCGAGGCCGCUCUAGACAAGACCCGCAAAGCCGAGCAGCAGGCCGACGCUCUGUCGACAGAGAACUCCCAGCUGCAGGCCAGCAUACAGAAGGCGGAGUCCGCCAAGUCCCAGCUUGAGAAACAGGUGAAGGACAUGAAGGAGCGCCUGGAGGAGGCAGAGUCAAUGGGUGUCAGGAGGAUGAAGGCUCAGGUGCAGGCUAUGGAGGGCCGCGUGUCCAGCCUCGAGGAGCAGCUGGAUGCUGCCACCAGGGAGCGAGCCACAGCUCACCGUACGCUGCGUCGUCAGGACAAGAAACUAAAGGAUGUGGUGCAGUCCGUGGAAGACGAGAGGAAGCAGGCCGAAAGCUACAAGGGCGAGGCUGACAAGGCUCUUGCUCGUAUGAGGACCCUCAAGAGGAACAUGGAGGAAUCUGUGAGUUCUGCUGUAUACAUACACACCAAUACUACCUUCCAAUGUACAGUACAUGGCUUAUGAAUAGUGUAGUGCUAUGUGACGUAUACUAGAUAAAGUAAGAGACCCGAGGGUGCGUAAAAGAUGUAUGAUUUGUGUGCGUAGUAUAUUCUGUCAGUGAGAUAAUAUGAGGUUUGUGUGUAUUGCUAACAGGAAGAGGAGACAGCUCGUCUCCAGGCGGCCAAACGCAGGCUGCAGCGAGAACUCGACGAACUGACCGAGCAGAAUGAACAGCUCCAGAGGGACAUUGCCAGGAAGGGUGCUGGAGCGUCCAGCAGUCGUCGCCAGCCGUUUGGAAGUGGAGCCAGCUCCAGGCCGAGUCGUACCCGCCACAGCAAGAAUCCCAGCGGCCAGGCAGGAAACAGUGGAGACUCUCUGGCUGACGAUGACGACGACAUGUGAACACUAACUCAUUCUCUGUUGCAGCAGCUAGCUACCCCGCUACUGCUACAACCCCCCUUCGUUUAGUUUUUGAUUGGAAAACUUUUAGUGAUUUUGAGGUAUUAAAAAUUUUCGGCUGUAAAUCUCGUCUUACGUCAGAUAGUGUAAUGUCAUUUUGUAGCAAUGCAGAUGUUGUAGGAUUAUAAUCGAAUCAUGUGCUAUGGUAACCAACAUGCACCGUGUUCAGAAUUUGUUGCAAAGAUCAAGGAUAGGAUCAAGAUGCAUCAAUAAUGUGGAUGCAUGAUGCAUACUGAUAAUAGCUGCUAUAAUUAUAGGUUCAAGGUGGGCUUUAUAAUUAUGACGGUUCCUGGAUGCAGGGUGGGCACUAUUUAGAAAUGUACCACUGGAUGGAGGGCGGCACUAUCUAGAAGGUGGAGCGAACGGUGCACCAGGAGCUCCUUGACCCAACAUCAACUGCUUCUUCUGCAUGUUCUGCAUCUCCUCGUACUCUAGUCUCUGCUGUUCUAUGAACGGAGGGAGAGCCAGCAGAGCAAGAGAGGUUCCCAACACCCACGCAGACCGCCGCACCAACCACACUGACCACUCUCAACCCCUUCUCCCCCACGUUCCACAGCGGGUCAGGCACCAUCUCUGUCAGUCCCACCAAUCGUUCGAUCACCGUCUCCUCCACCUCGUCAAAGUUUUCUUCCUCUUCUGGUGGGGGCCCGAGCCUUCCCGGCCCUCCUCCCGGUGCAUCUGCAGUUUUCCUCGAAACACCAGAGAGAAGCUCCUCCAAAGAUGGUGCUGCUGCGCUCAUAUCUUCUCCUUUCGCUUUCAUACACACACACACACACCCUCGUGCAGGAUU